AUGGCCGGACAUGAUCCUCUUUAUAGUCUUCCCCAAGAAAUAUCAUUGAAUAUAUUUUCUAGGUUACCAGCUCAGUCGGUGUUAUAUUGCAAACAAGUAUGUAGAUCUUGGAGAAAAAUCUUACCAUAUUGUCAUCGUGCUAAUACAAAUUACUUUGCUCAUCAACAUGUAAAACAACAACAAGGUCAUGAUAUUCAUGCACUAGUACAACAAAAGCAGCAUAGGCCAGUUGAUCGUUAUCACUAUGGCUCCGAUUCUGGAACGAUGAUGAGUUUCGUGGCCUUUGAUAGUCACGCCCAAGCUCUCGGGUAUUUAGAAUACCACGGCAAGAGGGAUAAUUACCGCUUAAUCAAAAUCAAAUUUCCAGCAGAUAUAUGUGGAGUUGUGGGUUCAGAUAAUGGAUUGAUUUGCUUAACUGUCAAGACAAAAUACAAAGGCAUUCCUACACUCGAUUAUAGGACUCUAGACGAUCCCGAUGAACCUUUAUACACUUGUAAUCCCAUUACUAAAGAAUGCGUGACCCUUCCAGGAAAAUCGAUCAACAACACAAAAUGCGUUGGUGGUGUUUCCAUUGCGCACGGAUUUUGCUACCACCCUCUAUACACGCUUGGGAGUGGCAGGGGGUGGAGAAGCGCUGGAGAACUCAAUUGUUUCUUAAGGCCGAAAUAUCUCAGAGGUCCUCCAGGUGUUUGUGUUAAUGGGGCUCUUUAUUGGAUCUGUCAGGAAUCCGGGAGUAUUGUGGGUUUUGAUUUGGGAGAUGAGAAGUUCCACUUCCUCCCUGUACCAGUUGAGAUGCUUUAUAGAACCAGAAGAAUCUUUGUUAUGAGACGUUGUUUAUGUUACGAAUACUCCGAUGGCAGCUCGCUGGAAGUGUGGCUCUUAAGGAAAAAUAAGGAGGAGGAUAGUAGUAGUCACCACAUGAACGAACAGUAUUACAAGUCCUGGAUUUGGAAUAAAGAGUUCAAAAUACCAUUAGAAGAUGCAUAUUCAAGAAUUACUUACUCUUUUGAAAAUGGUUAUACUAAAAGGUGA